GCUCUCACAGAGCACUCACCUCAGUCCGAGCAGACGCGCGUGUACAAUCUCCGGCUCAGGGAGAUCGAGAGAGAGACAGAGAGAGACACACACACAGCAAGAGAGAGAAAGACAAGAACUGCUUCGACGCGAAUAACAUAAAGAAGAGAAUAUGAAAUCCGUCUACCAGCUGCUCAGCCUGCUGUUCGUCUUCGGCAGCUUGCGCGUGGACGAGCUGGAAGCUUGUUCAUGCGCGCUCUCGCACCCGCAGGACGCCUUCUGCAACUCCGAUAUCGUGAUCCGAGCCAAAGUGGUGGGGAAGAAGCUGCUGAAUGAUGGACCAUUUGGCACCAUGCGCUACACAGUCAAGCAGAUGAAGAUGUACAAAGGAUUCAACAAAAUCCAGCACGUCCAGCACGUCUACACAGACGCUUCAGAGAGUCUGUGUGGAGUCAAGUUCGACAUUAACAAAUACCAGUACUUGAUUACAGGUCGCGUGUACGAAGGAAAGGUUUACACAGGUCUCUGCAACUUUAACGAGAGGUGGGAGCGUCUGUCACUCGCUCAGAAAAAAGGAAUGAACCAUCGCUACCAGCUGGGCUGCAACUGCAGGAUUAAGCCUUGCCACUUCUUGCCCUGCUUCGUGACCUCAAAGCACGAGUGCCUGUGGACGGACAUGCUGUCACACUUCGGCUAUCCUGGCUACCAGUCACGACACUACGCCUGCAUCCAGCAGAAAGAGGGCUACUGCAGCUGGUACCGGGGCAUGGCCUCUCGCGACAAAACCAACAUAAACACCACGGAUCCAUGAAAAAUCCCAUCAGUCUUGUUUUUUUAACCUUUUUUUUUUUUUUUAUACCGCCCUUCAAACCAAUCAUAAAAGUUGUUUUUUCCUACUGCCCUUCAAAACAAUCCUAAAAAAAAAAAACCCUGUAAAAGUUUCCCUUCCUUGUUUCCAGAAUAUACAGGAACGAGGAACGUGCAGAAUGACAAUGAUACUGAUGCCUGUGGUAGCACUUUAGAGGUAAACGAUACCUGUGUAUGAAUACAUACUAUAUUUACAUACAGAGACGCACAGACACUGAGCAGUUAAUCCCCUCAAGAGAGCCGCCCGUGGGAAUCGAAUCAGGGUAAACGACAGCACUCGGUCUUUAGCUAUCAGUGAUUAGAAUCUGUGUCACGAGUAAGGACGAGCGUAUGUAUGAUAUACUGGCUUUAGACAGAAACAUCUAGAAAAUUCUCCAUGCGUUCGCUUACAGUGACACACUAAAACUCCCAUAACUUCCCAUAACGAUUCACCCCUAUCGCUGUGAUACGAUUUCCCAAUCUAUUUGUCUUUCGUAAUCAAGUUCAGAAUAUUCAGAUAAAAAAAAAUGUCAAUUUCUCGCCUGGCCUUUUUGUUUCUUUUGAGACUGCACUAAACAAGCUUUCUAAACUGCUGCCUCUUUUUCGAUUAAACCAUUUGGACACUCCGUUAUAUAUAUAUAUAUAUAAAUAUUAUACAUAUAAAGUAUAUAUACAUAUAUAAAGCAAUAAGUGUUACUGUGAAAAGGUUGGGUGCCAGACACAGCAUCACUUAACACAGCACAAUGUAGAGCGCAUUGAUAUACAGUACAGUAUCACACUUACAGUUCCAUCCGGACGCUGUCACAGGACGCUGUCUGACCUAAUAAUUUAUGAAAGCAAUACUGGUCCUCCCUCUGAAGCAGUUUUACUCGUCGAGUGUUAUUUUUUAUUAUUUAGAACGAUAUGAAUAACUGUAUAGAUCCACCAUGUAUGCUGUAUAAUAUCUAUUUAUAAGUGAUCCUUUUGCCUGCCUCCGACUUUGUGCUGUAGUUGUUCGACUUCCGUAAUAUAAUCCUCUUGCAUUCAAAGUUUUAUUUGUUCGAAUAGUCAUGAAUAAUAACAGAGUUAUAAUGUAUAUUUUUUACAAAUCAAUCCGCAUAGCACACUUUGUGGGGAACAGUUAUUUUCUUGAACAGAGCAUUUUUAGUUGAUUUUCUAUGUUGUUGUUGUUGUUUUGUUUUUUUUCCUCUCUCUCGCUCGUUAUGGUAUAAGCUAAGAAGAAGAAGAUGACCUGACUAAAACCUCUGUUGCGUUUCGAGAACCGACGUUAAACUCACGGAGCUAGCGCUCCAGAGAAACGUUAUUCAGUGGUCUAUAACAGAAUCAGCUCUCUGCCCUGCACUGAUUUGUAUUCAUGACUGAGCUUAAUCUAAACUGGGAACUAAACUGCCCCAUAGUGGGAUACAAGAAAAGGCUACAAAAUCCUGUGCAAAUCCCAGAACCAAAAGUCAAGUCUGUGCCAGGAGUUACUUGGUGAAGAAAAAGUACUACAACGAUGGCGAUGUUAUUCGUGUUAAUUUGACGGUACUUCUCUCCUGGACAAUGAGCUGGCUGGUACUAACAAACCGUCUUUUCAUAACCGUACAAACAGAGGUUUUAGUUCUGGUGUUAGUUUUGGGUUUCUGUAAAGAUAUUGGCCUAUUUGAAAUGGACAGAUGCAACUAUUGUUGAUUUUGUUUGUUGUCGUUGUUGUUACUAAGCUCUUGUUUGGUCUUUUUCAUCUUCACAGUAUUGACAGUAUCUUCAGUUCAUUCCUCUGUAUGAGACUAAGAUGCCUCCGGUAGAUGAAAUGGCAGAAACGAUUCAGUCAUGACCUGGCGUUUCCAGUUAAUCAAUUAGGAAAUGUUCAAGGAGAACAACCUCCAGCACAAAACAGACCUAGGAUUAGUUUUUUGGGGGGAAAAAUAAAGAAACCCACAGCAAAAUCAACUGAUAAAACAAAUUGAACCAGAGUUUCAAGAUUAUUCUAACUACUAUGAUGCUGUUCAACAAAAUACACCUUAUUUAUUUCAGUAAUUAUCCAUAUCCAAGAAAAACCUGAGGCAUCUUAGUCUCCAUCACUUUAUACUGUCUGUUUUACACACCUUUCAGUCAAUCAAGCCUCGGAUAUAAUUAAUAGAACGUUCAAGGCUUUUUUUUAUGUACUGUGUGUGUGUGUGUGUGUGUGUGUGUGUUUUUGUGUACACUGAUUUGUAAGGGGAAAUGUCUUUUCUUGUAGGAGCUUACAGAAAUGUUAUGAUUUUUAAUUUCUCUUUUAUAUUUUUAUAAUAAAGAUUUAAUGAAAAUUGCAUUUGUGAACAUGUCCUAUUUAACAAAAUGUAUGUUUAUACUUUAAAUCGAACGAAUGCCUGCCUCGAACCCGGGCAAAAGUGUAUGUAUAUUAUAUCAGAUUUUACGUCUAAAUAAACACAUCAAGUCGGUUCUUGUA